AUGGCGGAUUCAAAUCAAACAGAAUUGCUCUUUUUUGAUACGUUUUCUCAUGAAAAUAUUGAGGAGCUCAACUUGGAUUUAGUAAAGUUUCCACGACCAGCAGUUCUUCAUGAAGUCCAUAUCGUUCCUCUUGGUACCAAAGUUCAAGCUGAAGUACCUGGUGGUACAAGACUUGGAGCAACUAAUCCCUCCUCUUUUAAACUUGAGUUGUUUGUUAACAACCUUAGAAAACCAAAUGCAGCUACUUUUGAGAAAUUGGGAAUAUUGGAAUACAAAGACAAUAAAGAUGUCAUGUUUAUUGCUGAGGAUUUGGUACCAACCAAUGGUCUCAUCCUGAAGGGCUGGUACACCGCUAUUACUAUUGCAGUAUUUGGGAAUGUGGCAGCCAUUGAAAGAGUGUCACCUCCACCUCCUCCACCACCACCCCAGCAACCAGUUCACAGAAUAAAAGCAUCUGAAAACCAUCCACAGGCAGAUAAGGCUCCUGAUUGGGAGCCUCCAAGGCAACAACAUCCAUUAGACUACAUUCAGCAACAGCAGGCCCAACAACAACAACAGCAGCAGCAGCAGCAGACUCAACAGCAGCCACCACAGCAGCAACCACCACAACAGCAGAGUCCCGUUUUACAUCAACCCCAACAUCCUCCCCACACCCCACAAGCACAGACUCCAUUGCUACCUUUGCCCCACCGACCAUCUGAUGUAUACCGGCAAAAAGAUGAAAUAUUUGACCCUAGACAACCCCCUUCCCAGGUCUCCAGAGACCUCUCAACAUCAGACUAUUCCUCAACUCAACGAGAAUUUCCAACUAACUCUCGGGACAGCUUUGGUCAGAGGGAAUCCUCUGCAGAUCGUAGUGACCGGGGCUAUCGGAGGGACUUUGGCGAUUUCUCAUCAGAGUCUAAAGACCCGUUUGAUAAUUCUGAUUUUUUUGAUGAGCAGCAUCGCAGCACAAGCUCCUAUGAACGGGACCGGGAAGUACACCAUAGAGAUGGACACAGUGUACAAGAUGGAGAUUCAUCUCGAGAUUAUGGCAGCUCAAGAGAAAAUAAUAGAGAACUAAAUGGCAAAGACCAAAGGUCACGUUCUCCACUUCGAGAUAGAGACUGGGAUCGGGAACGUGAUCGCUAUAAAGAAAGAGAACGAACCAGAGACUACUUGGAACGAGACACACGAGAUAGGGCUAAGUCACCCUCGAGUCGGUCUCGAUCACCUACAAAAUCACGUACACCACCACCUGUUUCACCAAGACAAGAACCAAUUGAAGAGGUUGAAGCAGAAUCUGCACCUGCCAAUAAUGAAGAUAUUUACAGCCUCACUCCAGUUCAUUCACCAAAUGUAAUGUUUUUCUCUGAUGUAGAAAACCAGGAAGCAGAUGAUGGUUAUGAAGACAUCACAUCAGAUGAUGAAGAAGAUGGAUUGAUUUGUGGUGAUGAAACAGAUAUGCAGAAUGUUGAAUAUUUUGAUGUUUCUGAUUCCUGGAAUGUUUCCACAUCUAGUUUCAAUCCAUUUCAAUGUGAUUUAACAACACUUACUCAUUUUAUGGAUCCUUCUUUAACACCAUUUGAGUGUGAAAAAGCUAAAUUGUUGCAAGCUGACUCUGUGUCCAAUGAAAUGCCCACUGAAGCAAAGACUCUACUUGAUUAUAUUGAAGUUUUCUCAACUAAGGAACACAGGAAAAAAUGGGUUGAAGCUAUGGAGACAGUGCCUUCUCUCUUGGACAAAGGUCUUUCCUACUUUCUCUAUAAAGAUGAGAGAAAAGAUGUCCUGAAGACUUUAGUUGAAUGGUGCUUAGAAGGUUUAAAUCUGAAGAAAGGCAUUGCUCAACCUGAGACAGCUUUCAAAGUGAGACAUUUAAAGAUGGGUAUCCGUCUUGCUGGUGCACUGUGUUCCUGUGAUAGCCAAGUGGCAAGCAUGGUUGUGGAAAACAAUGUCCAACACCGAUUACUUGACCUUUACACUUCCAAAAAUAUGUCAAUGUCCCUGAAGCUACAGAUACUUCAUGCUCUCGAUCAGACAACACGGCUGCAGGAAGGUCUUCUCUGGUUUACAGCCACCCAUCCAUCCAAAAACCCAGCCCAGAGACAAAUUUGCAAACCAGACAAAAAUGGUGAAGUAAGGAAUGAUUCCAAGGGGGAUAAUGAUUAUCUGAAAGACAACGAUGAUGCUGAAAAUAUGAUGGAUGAAACUGAGGACGAUGUUGACACUGUAAAGUCUGAAAUAGAAGAGUACAGUUGUUAUCAAAGAUUGGUUCAAAUUAUGAUGAAACGAGAGAUUGUACGUGUUGCUGUAGCAGGAACUGCAUUAUUAAGAAAGAUUCACACAUUUGAAGUUCUUUGUAACUUCUAUUUAACUGUUGAACAAUUGAUUGAUAACAUGGCUUGCCUUGAAGAAAAUGAUGUAAAGAUGGAAAGUGAAGAUAGUGUUAAUGGAGGUGCUACUGAUGAAAAUGAAGUUGAUCCGAUUGUGUCAAAUGUGAACAACAUUAGUGACGCUAAUGCCGACUUACUUAUCACCUAUCUAGAUGAAAUAACAAAAGUUGUGACCAGGGCUCCAUUUCUAAUUGCCCAGCCUAGACGAUCACUACCCGGCAAUCUUAUAUUUGAAAUUCGCCAACACCCUCAUGAUAUUUAUCCGAAUCUCUAUGCAAUGUGCUACUCAUGUCAACUACUUGAAUGUCUUUUUGUCCUACUCUCAUCCCCUGCCACAGUAAAUCAUUUCGGACUAUUUGUUGCUAUUCGAGAUUUUUUUCAUCAGUUGCUGGACACUCAAAGAGGACUUUUAUUUCUUUGUGCCAGACCGGACACAACUAAUGGAAUCUUGCGAGUCCUUACUCAAAUGGGGGAUUAUAACAGAGAAGACAACAGUGAAGAUAAUCCUGCUCAGCUGUUGGGAUUACAGCUUACAUAUCAUCUGCAGACUUUACAGUAUGUUGACCAACUGGCUGAUUACCACAGAAAAGCUUCCCUAGACAAAGACAUUGAUGAUGCUGAGCCUCUUGGCCUUUUGCAUAGCAUGUACUCAAUGACAGUAAACACACUGGGACGAGAAUCUGUUGUGAAUGUACUUGGACUUGACCAAAAUCUCAAAGUUCUUCUUCCUUUUGUUGAACCAACAGGUGAUGAUAUCAGAGACACUCGUUUAAAAAAAUCUGUAUGUGCUGGUUAUGUGACAGAGCUUCUUCUAUUGUUAAUUCGUCAAUCGGAAAACAUGGAAAUGCUUCAAAGGUUCGCAUCUCAACUUCUCGCCAUCAGUGAAGAUGGUAAGUGCUUGAUGAACCCGCCCACUCCAGACCAAUCUACAUCCAAGCUUCAAGAACUACAAGAGUGGCUAAAUCCAACCAAGAAGGUACCCAUUUUUUCACAUGAAAGUUUGCAGCCUCUCAUAUUACAGUUGAAGAUGUAUGCUGAUGAUAUCCUUAAAUUGCCUAGAGGCCUCAUUACAGUAAUGCGUAUUCUUAAUUGGUUGGCAGUCCCUCCUGAUUGCAAAUAUACACAAGAAAAACCAAUUGAAUUGAAAUACAAAUAUGUCGUUAUUGAAUUGUUAAGUGCAGAUUGUUUCCCAUUAUUUACCAGUUUUCUUCAGAAACUCACUGAAUGGCUCCAACGACCAUGGCAACAAGGUAUUCCCCAGAGUAACAGUCAAUUGUUUCUGGUACUUGCUAUUCUCAAACCAGCUCUCAGUAUCAUUCACACAACCUUAGCUGUCCUUAUAAUGUCAAGAGGAUCUGAGUUCCGUGAUCUCACAGCUCUCCCAAUUCUGUUUGAACUCCACGCAGUACUGUGUUCUGUACCAAGUGCCACUCCUUAUUUAAAUGACAUUCAGCUCAUCCAAAGAUCAAUUAUUGAUACACUUCUUUCUUUCACACAACCCAUUCUGAUGGAAAAUGAAGAAGGACUCAGCCAGAGUUUGUGGACGCUGAUGAUGAAAGAAUUAUUGAAGCACACCUUGACAUCGCCAUAUCGUUAUCUCAGUGGUCUACUACUUUUGUCUGAUCUUCUGCCAUUGCCUUUACCUAUACAAAUAAAAGAACCAUUGCCACCUGAGGAGAAUACUCUUGUGGUAACUAUCAGGAAACUGUGGAGUGCUCAUCUUCAUCCUGUAACACCUCAGAUUCAUCAAGUUAUUCAUCUCCUUGCCGUUUCCAGUUGUGUUCCCCUCCAGCAGGCUCUUCGUCGUGUGUGUUGGCAGAUUGCAGAUUUAGCAGCUCCAUCUGCUUGUAUGGUUACCAAGUGUGUGCUUGAAAUGUUGGAAGAAAACUUGGUGUCAACAUUUGGAAAUAAAGAAAAAUCUGAGGAGAAAAAAGAAGGUGAGAAAGAAGCACAAGAGGAAGAGGAUGACAAAUCAAGUUCACCCCAAACAGUAAAACUCCUUAACUUACUUGGACAUUUCUUGUCACAACCAUCCAUGAAAGCAGCCAUUUUGUGUCAACUGAGAUCAAGUAUAAAAGCAGAAGAUAAAACACAAGACCUUCUCACUUUGCUUGUCCAAUUCCUCAAUGUUCAGUCUGAAAAAUCUGCUCAACGUAUUCAGGAACAAGAGCAAAUUAUGACAAUCAUUCAGAAUUUAUGUGAUCCUGAAAUCACUUUGGUACCAGCUGAAUCUUCAAUGUCAUUUAUGGAACAGUUGUCAGCUGCAGUUCCAGUAAGCGAACAUUUGAACCUUAUUAUAGCAGGCAUCUUAAAACAUAUUGGUAAUAUUGAGAGCAGCUUUACAACAAUUCUCCCUUCUAUACGUACAUUGGCUCUUCUCUGUGAACAUGACUUUGGUUUCUUUCAUGUUAAAAAUGGUCUAGAGAAACACAGUCAAGUGUUUUGCAAAUUGUUGACUCAUCUAAACAAUACUUAUACAAAAGACAAUGCUGAAUGCCUCCCAGUGCUCUCCUCUACCAUUGAAUUUCUGCGACUUCUCCUCACUCAAUCUACUGAUGAUGAUGGUGGCUUUGGACGUACAUACACUCUUGGCAUACAUGAGCUGCGGAACGUUGUUUGUUGGGGGGUUGGAGAUGAACAUCAUCCUCUCUAUGACCUAGAGAAAGUGUUGGAGGACUGUGCCAAAGACGAUGAAACUUUGGAUUCCUUGCUGGAGAGUUCCUCGGCUCUUAUCCAAAUGCUUGAGGACAAUAAGUCAGAAAAUAUUGAAAAUAAAGACUUGGUGGAGCCUAUUUUACCUGAGAGUGAGACAUUGAGUUUGUUAUUCAAUCAAAGAACUGUCUAUGUUUUGACUGAAUCUGAUGAUGAACGCUUAAGCACAGCUUUCUGGUUGUCUGUGGCAAAUUUUGAUGACAAUGAAAUAGAAUUGGAUGUUGUACGCUGUGAUCUUCAGGAAUUGGUUUCCAAAUAUUGCCCAGAAUUUAAUCUUGAAGAAGAACUUAAAAAGGGCACAGUUACAACAUCAUAUGACGGUCCCCCUAAACCAAAGAGAGAUAGACUUGGACGUCGCAAAUCUUCUGAAGGGGUCCAUUUUCCCCGUGGAAAAGGCAGUAAGCAAAAAUUUGGGGCUUCAGUGAGAGGAGGACGUGGUGCAUCUCGAGGAAUGGCAUCAAAUAGGUCUGAUCCGUUCCGUUCUCGGCCUCCUAACACAAGCCGUCCACCAUCCAUGCAUGUUGAUGAUUUCAACAAACUGCAAAAGACCAGCCAGCAAUUGAUGGGACCCACUGGCAUCAGUCGAAGACCAGAAAAAUUUCCUUUGAUUUUCCAGGAGAUGGGACGUGGAAGAGGAAGAGGCUUUGAUCGGAACCAAAGUUUCAGUCGUGGCCGAUUCUUCACUCCACCUGGAAAUUAUAAUCGCAGAAAUGCUGGACAAUUUAGUCACAAUACCAACAAACCAGUGCUUUCAUAUUAUCCCCAGAACACAAGGGGUGGAGGCAGUGGUAGUGGGGGUGGCAGUGGAGGAGGAGGAGGAGGAGGAGUUAACAUUUAUGGCAACAGAACAAGUCUGAAUUUUAACAACCCAAGGCAGUUUAUUCGAGGAGGGUUCUCUUUGUAUUGUUCCAGUCUUGAAAAGAGGACUACAGUUGAUCGAAGGACUGGACGAGACAACCGCUUCUCAUUACGUGGGGGACGUGGAGGUGCCGGAGGAGGUGGUGCAGGUAGUGGUGGAGUACUUCCUGGAGCUACAGGAACUGUUGGUGGAGGAGGUGGAGGAGUUGGUGGAGGUGCUGGUGGUAGCAGUGGUACAGGGGGUGCCAAUGCAGCAGGCGGAGUUAGUGGUGGCAACAGUAGCCAUUGGUUUGCAGCAAAAGCCAAGGAACCAGAUAUGAGAUUUCAACCAACUUUUAGAGGGCGACGAGACACAAACCGACAUUUCCGGUCAUUUACUAAAUGA